AUUUAUCGCACAGAUUGGUAUAGCAGUUAAAGUAACAAAGGAAAAAAUAUGGCAAGUACUUCCAGGAAGAAAGUAUUGGUCGGUUGCACUGGUAGCGUGGCUACGAUCAAACUGCCACAACUGGUGGAGAUGCUGCGGCGAAGCAAUCUGGAGGUGAGAGUAGUCGUGACGGAGAGAGCCAAGCAUUUUCUGAAAGAUGCCCAGCUGCCACCUGAAAUUCAAGUGCUGUCCGAUACAGUGGAAUGGGCUGCCUGGCAGGACAGAGGCGAUCCAGUAUUACAUAUAGACCUGGUAAAGUGGGCAGACAUAUUCGUGAUAGCACCACUAGACGCCAAUACAUUAGGCAAGAUUGCUAGCGGCAUAUGCGACAAUAUCGUUACAUGCGUUGCCCGUGCCUGGGACAAUGCAAAGCCGCUACUCUUUUGUCCAGCCAUGAACACCAAAAUGUGGGAACAUCCAAUCACCAUGCCGCAAGUAUCACUACUUAAAUCCUGGGGCUACAAGGAAGUGCAUUGCGUAUCCAAGACGCUAAUGUGCGGCGAUACAGGGAUGGGCGCGAUGGCCGAAGUGGACACGAUUGUGCGGUUUACUUUGCGAGCUUUGACUCCUUGGGCAGAUUCGUUGGAUCCGCUUCUCUAGCAGCGGCCGAGGUCAUCCUCGUGCGAAUAUCGUCGAUGGCCACGCGAAUAUCGAUGAGGAUGUCUAAAACAUGUCUCAUUAAGAUCUCCAGAGAGAUGCGCUAUGGUGCGAUUCGAACAUACGCUUAAUAAAAUAUACGCCAAUAUCGCUUAUCUAACAGGAUCAGGAUUGCAAGCCUAAGGACCAGAAAUCUCGGGCUGUAUACCAGUUAUAUGAUAAAGAGUUUAUGUUUAUCAAUAAAAAUAUCUGUCGCUAAGUUUCUCCUCGAA